AUGGAUGUAGCAAGACAUCCCGCGGCUAGCCGUCAGCCUACAUCGACCCAUAAGCCAGUCAGUAAAUGGCUCCCAUCACAGCGACCCGGUAUCCAACAGUGGCUAACCUGCAAACUCUGCGAAGCCAGAGAAAGAACCGAUCUGAAACUUGACUCGAGCCUUGUUUCCUUCAAAGAAGUAGUCAACAGCGACCCGACUUGGGAAAGUCUCUCCAACGACAUGUUCACCCAAUGGUCAAAGAACUACGACACAGGCGCAGAAGCGGCCCUUGAGAGCUUUGAUGACUCUAUAGAGGUGCUGAAUAUCAUCGUCCAAUCACCAGCAUCAUUCUUCGACAGACAUGGACCUCCACCUGCUAUGUGGAUGAUUGGCUUUCCCAUCAACGCUGUGUUAGACUGGCCAAUGGGCACACUAGCAGGCUAUGAAUUCUGGCUUAUACCCGCAAUCAACGCAUCUUUUAGGAAUGUCCUCAAUACAUGGACUUGUUUCUUGAGAUCGUCCGCCUUGCAAUCCGGUCUGAAGAAUUGGCCAUAUCAAGACACUCUUGGGAUGAUUGCGCAGCUUCAAGAUGAUCGGGAUUCAUCGAUUGGCGAUGAGGCGUCUAUUGCUAUUUCUUCGACAGCAAGUCUUAGUAGCUCGAUUCUCGACUUUCGUCAAGAGAAUGGACGGACUUACCAUGGCUACAAGGAAGGAAAAUAUUUCCUUCCCAACGACGAGCGAGAAAACGACAGACUGGACCUACAGCACAACCUGUUUCUUCUUACCUUUGAUAACAAACUUGGACUCUGCCCACCAAACCUCCCCGAGACCAAGGUCAAGCGUGUUCUUGACGUCGGCACUGGUACGGGAAUAUGGGCCAUCGACUUCGGUGAUGAGCAUCCCGAAGCUGAAGUCAUUGGUGUCGACCUAUCUCCAAUCCAACCGAGCUUUGUUCCGCCCAACGUUCGUUUCAUCAUAGACGAUAUCCACGAAGACUGGGACUUUGCCGAACCCUUUGACUACGUACAUAGCAGGAUGAUGAACUUUAGUAUCCCGGAUUGGCCUGCAUAUGUGAAGAAGAUCUACCAGAAUCUUGCGCCUGGUGGCUGGGUCGAAAUCCAAGAAAUCGAUGUAAUCGCCCGAUCCGACGACGGCACCCUGACUUCCGACAGCGCCAUCACUAAAUGGUGUAAGCUUCUCGACGAGGCAUCAGUCAAACUCCAGCAACCCUACAAAGGAGUUCAUGAAUUUAAACAUGUCUUGUCUGAGGCAGGCUUUACCGAGAUCGUCGAUAUGCGUUUUAAGUGGCCGAUCAAUCACUGGCCAAAGGACAAGAAAUACAAAGAGUUGGGAGUUUGGCACCAUGAGAAUGCUGCUAGCGCAUUGGAAUCGGUCACUAUGGCUCCAAUCACAAGGGCUUUUGGCUGGACUGUUGAUGAAGUCCAAGUCCUACUUGCCAAUGUCAGGAAGGAAUUGAAUGAUACCAAGAUCCAUGGAUACUGGCCAAUUUGUUCUGUCUAUGGGAGGAAACCACUUGCCUAG